UGUUGUCUUGUGAGUUUAUCUCUUCCACCUCUUUGAGGUUUUAUCCCAAUCUCUACAGUUUAGAUCUUGUAGGAUUGAACCCUGAUCAUCCUAUUGUAGUGUAGAUCACUACAAGUGGUAUCAGAUUAGGUCUUUCCUUGGCACCAGAUUGAAGCAGUGAAUGAUUAUCGAGUUUCGAUUCCAUACCCUAAAUUGAUGAAAUGGAUUUACAGGAGGAAAAAUGGGUCGAAAUGAAAGGGAAAAUUGUUCCUAUAAUGAAGUUGGAAUCCAUAGCAAGGGAGCAAUUGGAUUAUUGGAGUGGCUGGUAUGAAUUUUGGUUGAAGUUGAGUGAUUGUCCGAUUCGAGAUUCUUGGCUUCCGAGGUGUAAAAAAUGGUUAGACAAGACAGAGAAAAAGUUUGAGCAGAUCUUGUUCCUUAAGGAUUCCGCUCCAUCUCUUCCAUCUCCUUGUAGAGUGAAUCUUGCUUCUACAGAUGGUGAUGUUUCCCACGAAUUGGAGUUAAUUCCUCAUUUUUUCUUUGCUGGAGAAAAAGAUGAUAAUUCUCUCAAUUUCGAAUUGCUCGUUCCUUCGUUUUUCUUCGAGGAAGAGGAAGAUUUGUCUGGCAAUGUGAAUUUUCAAUCUAAAGAAGUUAUCAGUUCUGAGGUUAACUGUGUGAAACUCGAAUGCUCGAAGGAACUGGUCAUUAGUUACAACAAACUGAUGGAGGUGGCAGGGAGGAUUUUCUCGUGCAACUUCAAAAGUGUAAGAUAAGUAACAAGUUACUAAUAUAUGAAUGUCUCUUCAUGGUCAUGAAUUCUUCUCGUUGGAUAUAUGAUCCUGUCAAAGUGUUCAGUGUUCUAAAAGGGUAUAUUUCUUUUGCUGCCACUUCUAAAUUUGGUGUUGAUACAAUUACAUCCUGUGAGCUGGUUCUUCUUGGGUUAAUUCUAAUGGAUAAUUACAAAGAGGAACUCAUUUCUAAGCUUGUAUUGAAACAGGGGUCCAAAGUAGAGUUAUUGGUGGAGACCUGGAUUGUAUUGGUGGUCAUGAUUGUUUCAAAGGGUAUGAGUAAUAAGAUGAUGGAUGCAUUUUCAGCGAGAAAUAGAUUUUUGUUUCUCUUGUUGGCUGGAGUAAUAAGCAUUAGGAAGGUACAUAAAUGGUCUGUUCAAGUGCUUGGUAGGAAGGGUGCAGAAAAAACUUUCACACAGCUAACAGGUGAAUUGUUUGAGGUAAUUGCAGUUCACUUUCUGAGCUUAAAGAGUGAGGAAACUCACAUAACAGUAACUGAGUUAUAUUGCCAACUGCUUCGAGUCUUGAAUUCAUCCAGUGAUCAUGAAUAUUCUUGUUGUAUUCCACUCUGAAGUUUGAAUAGAAGGGAAGAAGAUAUGUCUACUUCUGCAAUGUUUUUUAAGGUGGACUUAUUCAGGGUUAUCAUUGAUAGACAAGAAGGUGAUUUGCGCCAGAUUUUGUUGCGCGAGUCUCAAAAAAUUUCAGUGCUUAGAUUCUAAGUUCACAUAUAUGUUAGCACUCGUUUAUAUUGUGAAAGAAUAGACACUUUUCAGCAAUCUCCAUCACUUCCUUCUGAAACAUUUUGGAGGUUUCUGAUUCAAGAGGGAGUUAUAAUGACAGUUGAGCAUUCAAAGUGGAGUUAUUUGCACACUUCUCGUCCUGUUGGAUAUUUUAAGAUCACAGUUACAUAUAUGAUGUUGUUGGUGGCCUUUUUGAGAUGCAAAUACAAAUUGUACUCUACAGGUUUAAUGAGUUUUGAAAAUGUAAGGUGGACCAUUUCAAUUCUCAUGUGGAUGACGGCAACGCGACUCAUACUCGAGGCAAUUCAAUUCCUACAGGUGCAGCUGUUGGUGGGAUAAUUUCAACUGAUUUAUGGAGUUUGAGUGGUAGCGUGGAAAUCUGCGAAAGAGGAAUGGAGUGUUGCUGUGGUACCCGGGAUCUUACUAGAAUGUUAUUUUAUCGGGGAAGAUUGUUAGGAAUUGAUUAUGGGUUGGUCCGUAUGAUUGCAGGUAGUAAUGCAGUAGAUGCAACUACAGUUUUUGUGAAGAUUCCUCAAAACUUUCAUGAAUAUUCUAAGCCAUUCAUUGCUGAGAUAGCAAGGUUGAUGGUUAUUAUGCAAUUGAGAUGUGGGUUACUUGCAUAUUGGAAGACUCUAGAUAUGAAGUCAUUAAGGAUUGCAGUUGAUAGGCAUGGUGCAAAUGAUGUGCUACAUUUUCUCUUGAAGGAGUUAAAUUAUCUUUGUCAGAUCACUCCAAUUCGACAAAAAGAUGUAAAGGAAGUUCAGCAUCCAUAUGGGCUUGUCUUUCCCAACUUUUACUCUGUUCAUUAUCUAGCUUGUCAUAGUCAGUGGUGGGGAAUUCCAAGUGUUAUUGUUGAAGACAAUAUUGAAUUUAAGUUGAUGAUCUACUUGAGAUGGGAAUGCAAUUGGUUUCUACAGGCCCUUGGUGUAUAGGAAUUCAUCUUCCUGUGAGUCUUUCUGGUCAGCGGGCUAUUACAAACGACUCUGCAAGAGUUCAAACACUGCUCACGGUGAUUCAAAUUCUAAAUAUGUUGAGGCUGGAUGAUCACUGGAGGUGGAAAAUUACAGCAAGUUUUUAUGCUAUAAGCUCAGCGAUGUAUUGGUGAGGUGUGAGUUCAUAGAUAAACCCGAGAAGAAUUUUAGAUUGUCAGAAUUUCCUGCAAGAGAAGUGGGAGUUCAGGCCAUGACUGUUGAACAGGAGUGGAGGCCAACUAAGCUCAGGUGGCCGUUACUGGUUGUACUUUUUCGGAGUUACAUAAUAACAAGCCUUCCAGGUGAAAAUCUAACAGACCAUCAGGGGCUUAGUAAGACUGUGUCCACAAGUGAUCUCAUACAACAUCAUAGAUAUCUCCUGCCAGAAGAAUCAACAUCAGAUGCCAAAGGUGCUGACCGUGCCUAUAAAGAGAAGUCAGACGAAGAUAUAUAUUCACCUCACGAUGUUUAUGCUUUCUAUUAUCAAGGAGCGGACAUUGACUCAUGCCGCACAUACCAAGACUAUCAUUGUUGGGCCUCGAUUGUUGGGCCUGAAGAUGCGGUGUGUAGGGCCCCAUAUCGCUAUUUAAUAGUUGUUUCGGUUUCUGCUCUUCUCAUGCAUCUCUCCAGCACUGAAGCUAACUCUUUCACUCAUAUCCUUGAGGAAAAGGAUAAUUCAAAGGGGUGGGUAUUUGUCAUGUCACAUUGUUAUAGGGCACCCAUGUAUAAGGGCAGCCAGGGUGUAGUUAGUAAGUUUAGCAUAUGCGUCUAGCACAUGUGCCAUUAUUCUACCCUAAUAAGUAUCGAGUCUGUAAUGCCUUGGGAAGGAAUUGAAUGGAUAUUGUCUUGUAAAUUUA